UCAUUAAGCCUUCACAAGUCAGCUACAUGUAUUUGUUAGAUAUAUAAAUAAUAGUAGUCCAGGCUAGGGUACAAGGCUGUCUUGGCAUCCAGGGGGAGGGGAGCAGCGCGGAGUGUGUAAACAAGCUAAUAAAGCAUUUGGGGUAACUGUCAAUCUCAUGUGUAUCAGCGCAUUUAUAAUAUAGUGUAUAGCGAGUAUUUGCGUUUUCGCUAGAGCUCCGUUUAUCUAGGUUGAAUUCAGCUAGCCUGCUAACUUUAGCUUUUAUGGUGGGUGGGUGGGGGAGUAUCCCACAGAAGGCCCCUCAUUCCCUGGCAGUGGCUGUUCGGGCCCUUAAAGUCAGCCCAGUUCUGCUCUCGUUUUCCUGCCAGUCUUUGGAUAUAGGUUAAAACGCCUAAACCCAACUUGACCCGAACACUCGGGUUAGUGUAACAUAAAACUGAGCAAAGUGAGUCUGUGCGUUUGGCUGCAGGCUCCUCUCAGCCCUGCCAGCUGUGUCAGACUAAAACUUUGCAGUGAUGCUCUUAAAUCUGCAGCGAUAAACCAAAGACCCAUGCAUAAUUUGUAAAAAUAGACAUUGCUUUUUAUUUUGAAGGCAGAGUGGGACUGGCUCUGCCUCAGGCCUCACUGCCACAUUUUAUUCUUGGAUACAUAAACAAAGCCGUCCCUCUCAGCAGAGCACCACAACCAAAUAUGGAGAUGAAAUGACAAAUUCUCUCUUCCCAUUAAAAAAAUGGGACCAACUACUGUGUCCAGUAUAGGAGCACACACCCUUGUGAAGACAAAACCCCUUAAUCGUGGCACUUGUUCUUGGUUAGACCCCCAUCUCUAGUGGUAAAGUUCCCAUCAGAUCUUCUCACACUCGGCUCGUCAUUGACUGGAGCAGCUUGUCAUCGGACCUUCGUCAGAGGAUAAGGAGUAUUACAAGCUUUGAAAGUUAAAGAGUUCCUAGCCAAAGCCAAAGAAGAUUUCUUACGAAAAUGGGAAUGCCCACCACAGUGCACAACAUGCCUAGAUGACUUUGACAGGAUAAAAACCCUGGGUACCGGCUCAUUUGGAAGAGUCAUGCUCGUGAAACACAAAGGGACAGAGCAAUACUUUGCCAUGAAAAUCCUGGACAAGCAAAAGGUGGUGAAGCUCAAACAAAUAGAACACACAUUAAACGAGAAGAGGAUAUUACAAGCAGUGAGCUUUCCGUUUCUUGUCAAACUUGAGUAUGCAUUUAAGGACAACUCCAAUUUGUACAUGGUGAUGGAAUAUGUUCCUGGAGGAGAGAUGUUCUCACACUUAAGACGAAUUGGAAGGUUCAGUGAACCACAUGCAAGAUUUUAUGCUGCCCAGAUUGUGCUGACGUUUGAAUACCUACACUCGCUAGAUCUCAUUUACAGAGAUCUGAAGCCUGAGAACCUUCUCAUUGAUCACCACGGCUACAUUCAGGUGACAGACUUUGGAUUUGCUAAGCGAGUAAAAGGCAGAACCUGGACGUUGUGUGGGACGCCGGAGUAUCUGGCACCUGAAAUCAUUCUCAGUAAAGGUUACAACAAAGCAGUGGACUGGUGGGCCCUCGGAGUCCUCAUCUAUGAGAUGGCAGCUGGUUACCCUCCGUUUUUUGCAGAUCAGCCGAUUCAGAUCUAUGAAAAGAUUGUGUCUGGAAAGGUACGAUUCCCCUCCCACUUCAGCUCUGAUUUGAAGGAUCUGUUGAGAAACUUACUCCAGGUGGAUUUGACCAAACGUUACGGCAACCUAAAGAACGGAGUCAAUGACAUCAAGGGUCACAAAUGGUUCGCUACAACAGACUGGAUCGCAAUCUACGAGCGAAAGGUUGAAGCUCCGUUCAUACCAAAGUGCAAAGGCCCCGGGGACACCAGCAACUUCGACGACUACGAAGAGGAGGAGAUCCGUGUUUCUUUAACGGAAAAAUGCGCAAAAGAGUUUGCCGAGUUUUAAAACACAAGAACAUGGAUAUAUCAGGGAAAAUAAGGGGAUGUUUGUACUCUUCAAAAAGACCUGGGAUGGAGCAGAGACCAUCUUUUAUCAGAUCUACGUAGUCCCUUCAUUCCUCAAGGCUGAAUGAGGUCCCCGUGAUCCUCGAGUGUCGAACGGUAAACUCCUCACCGUCGUGAUCACCUGCGUAUUAAAGCAGACACAUCACCUUUUUCUUCAUUUUACUUUUUUGAAUGCCGUUAGUCUUUGUUUUUGUUUUCAACAAAAAUGUGAUUUUUUUUUUUAUGUAUGUAUGCGGAAAACCUCUGGCCAAUAACAGUCCACCCACUAUAGCUGAUUUUUCUUUUGGCUGUUUGGCACACAGUUGAGUGGGUUGUGUGUUUUCCCAUUUGUCAUAAGUGGUGUGUGUACUUAAAGACCCACGUUGAGUUUAGUUUAAGCCAGCAUAAACGUAGGGUUUUUGUUUUGUGUGUGUGUGCAAAACUGUCAGUUUUUUAAGACAUUUUAUCACAGUGAGGGUUCAAACGAAAAAUUCUGGGCAGCUGGAGAGAGGUCCUUCCCUUUCUUUGCUUUCUGCCUUAGGAGAGCUGAGUCCUUAGACCCCCCAACAAAAACAUCCUUUCACUGUCUUUUUGGAAUUCUGACCCAGACAAGGCAAGCCAUUGCAGAAGUCGACAAGCCUUGCAUUAGUUAAAUGCAUAUCCACGUCCUUGGUUGAUCCACUUUGGGUCUGUUUAAUACAUGUAAAGUUUUCUCAUUUGCUAUCUUAAUGUUUAUUUUAUUUUUUUUUUUACAUUGUGUUUUAACGUUAGAACAACUUUCCCUAGAUUUUGGGAAUCCUUUAACUCUUUUUUUUUUUUACUAUUCUCUGGAUUAAUGCAACUAUAAGAGAAAAAGACAAAGUCCAUUGUGGAUUUUUAUUUAGUUUUGUAAAGGUGAGAAGGCUGUUGUGAAUAGGGUUGAGGCUUUAAGUUUUAACAUUAACAGUUAAACCUCAAAAGAAUAAAUAAAUUCUUAAAUAUUUUUAUGUAUGAAAGGAAAGAUAUUGUGAAAUCCUUAGAAGGCAAAAAAAUCAUAUUUACCCAUCAUCUCCCCAUCAAAGAAUAUGUUGGAAACUUCUAGAUUUACGCAUUGAUGCUUGAUUUAAAAUUUUCCAACAAAACACUGGCUAAACUAAAGACUGCUCCUUUGAAUCACAUGCAACCCUGUUAUUGUUACGCUCAUGACAUUAUACAUAUAUGCUUUGUUACAUAUUUGGUUUUAUUUAUACACAUUAGAGAUGCUAAUAAAUUUUAUUUUUAAAAGGG